AUGGCCAGAUAUUCUGCGAUUACCCUGUCCUUGCUGGCCGGUUCCGCUCUGGCAACAAGCAAAGCUCGCUCUGAUAUUGGUGAUGCCAUUGUCGAUUAUCCUGCCAUUCCCAAGGACUUGACCACACCUACACAGCAGCGCGUUGCGAUCUACGGACCUGACUCGGUAUCUGUCGGUUGGAACACAUACGAACAGCUGACCGAGGGCUGUGUCGAAUAUGGUCUCUCUGAAACCAACCUGGCGUACAAGGCCUGCACAACAAAUGCCUCGACAACCUACGACACGUCCCGAACUUGGUCAAACUAUGCAUACCUAACCAGCCUAGAAUCAGCUACAGACUACUACUACAAGAUCGUGUCCACAAACUCCACAGUGGGCCACUUCCUGAGCCCACGCAAGCCAGGAGACACGACUCCCUUCAACUCAAGCGUGGUCAUCGAUCUGGGCGUCUACGGUAAAGAUGGCUUCACAGCAAGUAGCGCCAAGCGCGACAUCAGCGACAUCUUCGUCCGACCAGAACUAAACCACUCCACCAUUGGCCGUCUAGCUGCAAAUGCAGACAACUACGAAGUAGUCCUGCACCCCGGCGACUUCGCCUACGCAGACGACUGGUACCUGAAAUUGAAGAACAUCUUGGAAGGAAAGAAAGCCUACCAGUCUAUCCUGGAGCAGUUCUACGGCCAGCUCGCACCUGUCUCCUCUAGCAAGCUAUACAUGGCUUCACCCGGUAACCAUGAAGCCUCGUGCUCUGAGAUUCCGUUCCUGAACGACCUGUGUCCAGAGGGCCAAAAGAACUUUACCGACUUCAUGCACCGCUACCAGCACACAAUGCCGCAGUCCUUCGCCUCGUCAUCGACGAACACGACCGCACAGGCACUGGCCACUCAAGCGCGUAGCCUCUCCAACCCGCCCUUCUGGUACUCGUUCGAGUACGGUAUGGCGCACGUUGUGAUGAUAGACACAGAAACAGACUUCCCCAACGCCCCCGACGGUGUUGGAGGCUCUCAAAGUCUAAACAGCGGCCCCUUUGGCGUAACGAACCAGCAAAUCGAGUUCCUCAAGGCCGAUCUAGCCAGCGUCGACCGCUCGGUCACACCGUGGCUGAUCGUCACAGGACACCGUCCCUUCUACUCUGUCCCUUCAAGUAGUGGUAGCAGCAACGUCUGCACUUCGUGCCAGGAAGCUUUCGAGGACCUGUACUACCAGUAUGGCGUUGACCUCGGCGUCUUCGGCCACGUGCAUAACUCGCAGCGCUUCGCGCCCAUAUACAAUGGCACUGCUGAUCCCAAUGGAUUGAAGGAUCCUAAGGCUCCUAUGUACAUUGUUGCUGGCGGUGCUGGUAAUAUCGAGGGUAUUUCUAGCAUCGGCACAAAACAGUCGUAUAAUGAGUUUGCGUAUGCUGAUGACUUCAGCUAUGCUACCCUGGCUUUUGAGAGUGAGAAUGAGUUGCGCGUGGAGUUCAUUCGCUCUAAUACUGGUGAGGUUUUGGAUACUAGUGUUCUGUACAAGUCGCAUACGGAGGCGUUUGUUGAUCAGUAG